GAUUUUCUACCUUUCCCCCUUCUACAACUGUAGCUUUGCUGCAGUGUCCUGGUGGGCCUGGAACCACAGGAGCACCCCCACUUCUGGUGGCCCCAAGGCUGCAAAGAGAGCCCUUUCUGAAGCCUUUGGAUGGGAUGAGUAUUGGCCACGGAGACUAGAAUGAAUUUAAGGAAGCAGAAGAUCGCCGUGGGCCAGUAAAUGAGUUCUGGGCAGCUGGGAGCAGAACAGCCAACAGCUUUUGCCUGAAGCCCAAUGGACUUGGCCCAGCCUUGGAAGCUGAAGAAGGCAGAAGGGUGUAAGCGCUGAGGAAGAGGAGGAGCGGGGCCCCUUAGCCCCCAUGUCGCUGGCCAUGAAAGCUCGGCAGAAGGUGAAACGGAAGGGACCGGCCAAAGAUCGGGUCUUUGGGUGUGACCUGGUGGAGCAUCUGCAGUCAUCUGGCCACGAUGUUCCCCAGGUCCUGAAGAGCUGCACGGAGUUUGUGGAACAGCAUGGAAUCCUGGAUGGCAUUUAUCGGCUCUCGGGAGUCUCUUCAAACAUCCAAAAAUUAAGGCUUGAGUUCGACAAUGACCGGAACCCUGAUCUUAACAAAGAGGUGUAUCUGCAGGACAUUCACUGUGUGAGCUCCCUUUGCAAAGCUUACUUCAGGGAGCUUCCCAACCCACUCCUCACCUACCAGCUGUAUGAUAAGUUUGCCGAAGCUGUGGCCAUCCAGCUGGAAGAAAGCCGGCUGGAAAAGAUCAAGGAAGUGCUGAAGGAACUUCCAGCCCCGCACCACCGAACCCUCGAAUUCUUGAUGAAGCACCUCGUCCGCAUGGCGUCUUUUAGUUCCCAGACCAACAUGCAUGUGCGAAACCUGGCUAUUGUCUGGGCGCCCAACCUGCUCAGGUCCAAGGACAUCGAGGUGUGUGGCUUCAACGGCACGGCAGCCUUCAUGGAGGUCCGCAUCCAGUCCAUUGUGGUGGAGUUUAUCCUUACCCACGUGGAUCAGAUUUUUGGAGAUGCCCCUCUCUGCGGUGGUACCCGUGAGUCCAUCAGGAAGUCCCUCCUUGCUAUGUCACCAGUUGUCCUUUCUGAUUUUCCCUACAAUGUCCCAGCGGUGCUGAACCAGGGGGAUGGGCCCCCCCAGAUGCGACCCUACCACACCAUCAUCGAAUUCAACGAGACCAAAAGAAAAGGGUCCCUUAAAGCCAAGAAAUGGAAGUCAAUCUUCAACCUUGGGCGAUCCAGCCACGAGUCCAAGCGCAAGUUGAAUAAGUCAGAGGAUAAAGUGGGUAAGAUACGACUGCGUCCAGCCAAAAGCAUGGAUUCGCUCAGCUGUAUGCCGUCGGUCAGUGAUGAUGAUGCCCACUUGGGGAGGGAGUUAUCCCAAAAGCUCGAGAGUUUUGAUGGACCAGUUUCACUUGACAGCAGUUUCUUGGAAUCUGGGUACGUUUCUGUCAAGAGUAAAUCUGAAGACCCGCAGGAUGAAGCCACCAAGUCAGAACCCACCACCCCAAAAGCCAGCAGGUCCAAUCUUGUUGGAGGGACCUCUCAAGGGCGAUCCCCCAAGACCGCAAGGAACCGGGCUGAGAAAUGUGCCGGGGUCCAUAUCUCAGGACCGUUCUCGGUCACGGUCCCAUUCCACAUCACGUCCAACCUCACUUUGUCCCGGCUGACCCGAGGGCUGGAGUGUCCGGCUCUGAGCCACCGCACCUUGGAGAAUGAGAGCCCCGAGGCCACGUCUUCCAACGAGGAAGACUUUUCCAGGACGACAGAAGACAAGGAGAAGCUGAUGUCCUCAGUCACUGCGAAUAAGGAAGUAACUGCAGGAACAGAGACAACUGUUGAAGCCCAAAUUGACCCUGACAAGAACUGGAUAUCUUUGGAGGUCGAGGAUUCCUUCUCGUUCCUGGACAGCCAGGAUGCCUGGAUAGACAAUGUCCCAGAGGAAGGUCAGAUGCAGAUGAAUUCCAGGGAGGGCCUUGAUCUUCCAUCACGUGACUUGGACAUCUUACCAAGCCCUGAAGAUGAUUUGGGAAGUGGCUUUAUGAAUGAGAUGAUGGAGCUGGAGACGUAUUCCAUGGUGCCAGCACUGGGUUAUCUGUCCAUUGAAGAAUGUAUGAAUGAACACUCAGAAGAAGAAGAUGACCAGUAUUAUCUUGCCAUGGGAUUCAUUGAUGAAGAGCCAUCCAAGGAAGGUGAUGCUGAAGAGGUCUAUCUGAGUGCUUUUGAUGAUCUCAGCCCCUUAGCUAGUGAACUGAAACAUCUUCAGCAAUUUAAUGAAGAUCAGACUCCUGACAUCCCUUCCCCAGAACUCACAGUGGAAGUUGACACUUCCAGGAUGCCUAGAGAAACCUUCGUUGAAGAUCCAAAGAGCUCACAGUUACUUGAAGCUGGCAUGGACCCUCAGCAAGGUGACUCUUCAACUUGUGACAUAAUACUAACCAAGGAUCUGGAUCCAAAAUCAGCCAAGCCAUGUGAGGAAGAAUGGGGUUCCGGAAGCAAUUCUAACGAGGUGGAAAUCAACCUGACAGAAAAAGCUGAGGUAGAACCUGUUUUUUCAAUGCUGCAGUUAGAAGAUAGGAACGUUGGAAGUGGGGUUGAUCUCUUUGUACUAAAAUCUGGGUGUCUUGAUGAAGCUGCUUGCCAAAAAUCUCUGGAUCCAGAGUCUGGGGAAAAAAGUGCUGAGGCUGAGAAGGUAGAACCCAUUUUUUCGUUGUUGCAGGUAGAGGACGCAGAUGUUGGAAAUGAAGUUGAUGUCUUUUUAAGAAAAACUGGCCGUCCUGAAAAUGUUGCCUGCCAAACAUCUCUGGAUCCAGAGCCUGAAACCCAGCUAAUCAAAUCAGGUGCUGAAGAUAAGGGGCAACUUCAGAAUACACCUGAACUUGAGCAGAUUCCAUGCCCUCCUUGCGGCACCAGAGUGGAAACUCCUCCUUCAGACGUGGUUGAGAGUUCCAGCAAACACUUGGGUGAUAGAUUUGUGAUUCCAGAGAUGGCAGGGCUGCACAGUGGAGAUGCUGCACAAGCUGCUUCAUCUGUGGAAGAACUCAACUCACUUCCAAGUCUGGUUCCUUCUUUACUGGACAGUAAUUCUGAGAAUGCACCUUCUACAAGCCUCCCAGCACUGGCUGCUUGGAAUCCUGAGCAUACCUCUUCCUCUGGGACAGCUUAUGCACAGGCACCUUUGUUCGACAGUUGCACGAACUCUGAGGACCUCUCACUUACAGCCUCUCCUCCAAAACCCUGCCUAGAAAGUCUUCUGCAGAGACCUCAGUACGAAGUGCCGGUGGAAGCUUCACACCCUAUAGAGCAUGGGCUCUUGGAUGGAAGCGUCCACAUGAAGUUGACAUCCAGUACUACCCGAGUUCAGCAAGUGAAGUCUUUCCCAGUUGUGCCACCAAAGCCCCAGUUUGCUAAGGUGCCUCCCUCCUUAAAGCCUGUGACUCCCAGCAAGGAACAUCUCAUCACUGUCCCGGGUAAGAACUGUGAGAACGGGACCAAGCAGGAACCCAACCAAAGCUCUUUGAAAAGGCCCUUCCACCUGACCAGCUUGGACACCUUUUACCGUACCAGAGACAGCAACCAAAAGGUAGAAAACCUCCCAGCAUCUCCUGUGCCACCCAGCUCUUCCGAGAAUUGCUCCAGCAAUUUGGGUGCCCUUCCAAAGCAACGGAAUUCCAUGCCCGUGAGCUUGGAGAAGUUCAGCAAUGACUGCAAGGACAAAGAGGACAUCAUCCCAAAGCCACAGCAUGCUCCACAGGAUAAAUCCUUUGCGUGGUCCAAGAGUGGGGAGCUUGGAGGAAGCAGCCUUCACCUUACAAAGGGCUCUCUGCCAGGGAGCUUGGAUAAACAGAAGAGCAGCCAGCACGAUGACGGGAAAGGACCUGCCCAUGGACUGCUUUUGCUGGAGAAGCCCACCAGCGAGGGCUUUGAGGCCACUCCCCAGAAGCAGGGCUGGAACAACUGGCGCAACAGCGGAAGCAUGUCGUUCGAUGAGGCUGUGGCCCUCGCCAAGGAAAGGCACGUUGCCAAGAGUCCUAUGCGGCGAAUGCAAACCUAUUCCUACGGAGAGGUGGACGGGCCACACGGGCCGUCCAGGAUGGAGAAGACCGUUCCUGCCCCGAAGCCUGCUCUGAAGCCUCUGGGCCAGCUACCCCAGAGGCCGCUGAGUUGCAUCAGCACAGCUGGACCCCCAGAGGCCCAUGCUCUGGGAAAGCUGCAUUUUCCUCCAGCAUUGCCUGACAUCACCCCGGAAGGUGUGCACACCCCGGGACAGGAAGUGUCCCCUUUCCCUCAGGACUUUCCUCCGAGGAGGAAGCCGAGCUUGUCCAAGAUAGGGCGGCUCUUGUCUGUGUCUGACGAGGCGUAUUUUGCAUUGUCCCACGAGCAGAGGUGACUGGCUGGCCCCACCCGUCCUUCUGGGGGGGCCGAUUCAUGCUGCCCUGCACUGGUGGGGGCUCCCACCAUGACACACCCGUUAGAACGACAGGAGGCCGUUGCCAGAUCAAAGCAAAGGCCCAUCUAAUCCAGCCUUCCCCAA